AUGAAGCAUGAAGUCGUCGACGACUUCGAUAUUUUUCGCGCCAAUAAGCCCAGUACCUAUUCAGGAAUCGUGCAACCUUUUCCGUCAUCGUCGAUUUCUUUCUUUAGAUUGACUGUUUACUUCGCUUCAUGCAAUUCAGUGGAUUUAAAAGAUACGAGUAGGAAAAGGAGAAUGAUUAGGGUGAGAUUUAGUAUUUGGGGUUAUAACUAG